AUGCUGCUGCCUGUGGCAACGACGAGGAGGCAUAAUCUACCGACGUCGGAUUCCGGUGCCUUCACCGACUGGACGGCGACAACGACGACAUCUUCACGCGCCACCGAGGAUCUUUCCCUUGGUUUUAAUGCUGGUCCCUCCGUCGUCCACGGUGGUAUAGGCUCGGCUUCCGCCGCCGCCGGCGUUUCUUCAUGGCCUCCCGGAACCUCCGUCCGUUACGGUCUCCCUUCGUCGGCGGCGGCAACAGAGAUGGGGAUGGUCGGUCUAAGAGACGUCUACCUUGUUGCUCCGGCUUACCACCAUCACCACCAGAACCCCGGAGUUGUAUCUGGAUCUGAUCAGAUUAACGGUAAUGCAGCGGCGGCGGCAGCCGCGCUCGGCGUCGGAAUGAUGCCUCUUCUCGCUUCAGCUCCGUCGCAGCACCAAAACGUGGAAGACACCGACCUUAACUUCCUCGGAAACAGCCGGAGAUGGCAGAACAAUAACGACAACCACAACGAGACGCAGUACCUCCACUUCAAGAGUACUCACCAGACGACGGUGGGAUCGAGCUCGAACAACUCCGGGUCUGGGUCAGCCGCUUCUGGAACCGCCACGUGUCAAGACUGUGGAAACCAGGCGAAGAAGGAGUGUAAGCAGAGGCGGUGCAGGACUUGCUGCAAGAGCCGUGGCUUUGAUUGUUCGACGCACGUGAAAAGCACGUGGGUCUCUGCGGCUCGUAGGAGAGAAAGGCAGGUCAUGCCCUCCGGGAAUCCAACAGCCGGCUCGUCUCUUUCGACCUCCUCCGGGACUAAGAAGGCGAGGAUCGCUGGGUCUCAACAACAAGCCACCUCUCAUACUUCAACGUCUAACACGCCUCCUCAAAGUUUCGAUACUAGCUCUAGCCGCCAAGAUGGAGGAGGGUCAAGAGAAGCGUGGCCAGGGCAGGUUAGGGCCGCGGCGGUGUUCAAGUGUGUGAGAGUGACAGCAGUGGAGGACGGGGACGACGAGUACGCAUAUCAGGCGGUGGUGAAAAUCGGCGGACAUGUUUUUAAAGGCUUCUUGUAUGAUCAAGGCCUUGAACCUAAAGAAGGUUUUCCUAACAUGUCAGAUUUGCAUUUAGGUGGUGGAGCCAAUAAUCAUAACGGAGUUUCUACCUCUUCACCUAUUCUCGACCCGCCAAAUGUCUACGGUGGUGGUGGUGGUUCAGGCGGAGGGUUUUACGGUUAA